AUGCUAGAAGGGUUAGGUGAGCUAACUAAUCUUCAAACAAUAAAUCAGUUUGUGUUAGAAAAGAAUAAGGGCUGUGAAUUAAAGGAGUUGGGUGGACUUAUCAAGUUGAAAGGAAUAUUAAGUAUUCAAGGAUUGAAAUUUUGUACAAGUAUUGAUGGAGAAACGAAGGGUAAAUUCUUGCAACUAACGUCAGGUCUUCAAGAGUUGAAAUUAGAUUGGUGGAAACAAGGUGCACAUAAUGAACUUACAAGUUUUGAGUUGGACGAUGUGAUCUACGAAAGUGUUUUAGAUUGCUUACAACCACAUUCAAAUCUUCAAAAGAUAUCUAUUCAUAACUACGGUGGAUUGAAAUUGCAACAUCUCCCCCGAUUCGAUCAGUUUCCUAGUCUCAAGCAUCUUGAGCUUGAUUACUUACCCAACGUCGAGUACAUUAUUGAUGUCAACAAUGAUGAUUAUGUUUCUUCAUCAACAUUUUUUCCAUCCCUCGAGGAAUUACGGAUUUCGAAGAUGCCUAAGUUGGUGAGAUGGUGCAAGGGUACAACUCCUAUAAUAUUUCCUUACCCUUUUGAAUUAACUAUUAAUGAUUCUUCUCCUCUGCAUGUGUUGAAGUCUUUCCAUGCACCUAAUUUGAAGGCAUUGCGAAUUGGUCUGUCAGAUGAUGAGUUGGAUGUUGUACCAUGGAAAGAUUAUGAAAACCUCACCUCUCUACAUCUCGUCUUUGUGAGUAAUUUGGAGUACUUGCCCGAGUGUUGGCAACAUUAUAUGAAACCUCUUCAACAUCUUUCUUUAGAUUCUUGUGAAAAUUUGAAGAGCCUACCAGAAUGGAUUGGUAACCUCACCUCACUCACAGAAUUAUAUAUUCGUAAUUGUGAAAAGCUAACUUCGCUACCACAUGGAAUUGGCAACCUCAACUCACUCACACGAUUGGGGAUUGAUUCUUGUCGAAAUCUAGCUUCGCUACCAGAAGGGAUUCGACACAUCCCUAAUUUAAAAUGCUUAGACAUUGUCGAAUGUCCCAUAUUGGAAAAAAGCUGCAAGGAAGACACCGGAGAAGAUUGGCCUAAGAUUGCCCAUAUCCCCGACCUACGAAUUUACUACACUCAUUAUUGA